UAGUGAAAAAGUUUUCAACCACCAACGAGAAUGAAAGUGAUUUGGAUUUUGAGCUCUUUGCUCCUGAGCGUUAUUUGUGGAGCCACAGGAGAGCCUUCAACUACUACCGAGGAUCCCAUUUCCCAACUAGAUAGAGAAACAAACGAAAAUAUUCAGGACGUCCUUAAUAAAUAUGAUCGGUUAUGCAGUGAUAACCAGGAGUUGUCCGAUUGGCUUGACAGCCUUCGAAUGGCUUUAAAAUUGGACAAGAAGCUUGUCAGCUGGAAAUUAAAAUCACUAAAUGAAUUCAAUGCAUACAAUAAGGAGCGUACGAAGCUUGACUCAGCCAUCGAUGCACGCAUAGAGCGUCUUAAUAAUCUUCUUCCCACUUUCGAACCCGCUGGCGCAUGCUCAAAGUUUUACUUAAAACAAAGAGAAGCUCUUAAAAAUGCUAAACAGCUUAACAAUGUCGAUAAAUUAAAAAACUUAAACGAAAACUCCAAAGACUGCCGUGACGAACCCGAUUAUGACAAUAACUAUAAUUAUAUUUAGCAAGUUCCAACAGUAUUAUUUUAAAUAAGUUAAAAAACCGAAG